UGCUGUCCUCACAGACUUAAAACUAAAUCCAGUAAUUUUAAAACAAUUCGACGCACCUUUUAAUUUGUUAUACAGCCACAUAGGAAAAUUAUGCAUCAAUCUGCAGAUAAGCAAAAUCUUUUCCCAACCACUGACAAUAGAAUUAGAGGAUUUGUACUUGCUCUUGGGACCAAGGGAAUUAGGCCAAUAUAGCGAAGAAGCAGAACAAUUGCGUGAAUUUCAUGUGAAACAAUCAGCUUUAAAGACUCUUGAAGAGUCUUUUAAAAAACAACUCCAAAUGGCAAACGAAAACAAUCAGGCUAAUUCCACAAUGAUUGAGCGAAUGAUAGCUGUUGUUAUAAACAAUAUCCAAGUGAAAAUAUCGAAUAUUCAUAUACGAUAUGAAGACUGUAUCACAACUGGUAGGCCAUUUUCAUUUGGUGUAACAUUAAAGGACUUAGAGACAUAUACUACUGAUUUAAACUGGGAGAGAGGCUUUGCUGGAUCCGAUGUUAGAUGUGUUUUUAAAGUGGCAGAAUUAAAUUCUUUGUCACUGUAUAUGAAUUGCAAUGCUAUACUCUACACACAAACCAAGAUAGAUGAUAUGCCUAAUUUGUUUCGAAAUCAUAUUGCACAAAAGAAUUCAGCCCCACUGCAUUAUACAUUCAUUUUGAAUCCUAUCAGUUCAAUGGCAAAACUUAAACUAAACAUGAAUCCAGAAAAUGGUCAUCCACCAUAUCAAUCUCCAAAAAUCGACUUAUUCUUAGAGAUGGAUGGUAUUGGCAUUGCGUUAACAAACAAACAAUUUCAGUACGUACUUAAAUUGGGUGAUUAUAUAAAUCGCUUACAAUUAGGCGCACCUUACAGAAAAUAUAGACCUUUCAAUAAACCUUACAAAAAUAACUACAAGGAAUGGUGGAAAUUUGCUAUUACCGCUGUAUUAGAAGUACAAAUAAAGAAACGGAAUAGAUAUUGGACGUGGGAACAUAUUCACGAACACAGACAGUUAUGUGCAAAUUAUUCUAAGUCAUAUAAACAAAAAUCUCUUACUUCGCGACCUUCUUCUGAACUUGUUGAAACUUGCAGUGUCUUGGAAAAAAAAUUGGAUUUAUUUAAUAUUAUAUUAAUCCGCAAACGUAUUCAAAUAGAUACGGAAAAACAAAAGAAGGAAGAGGAAGAAACCAAAGUUGUCGCGAAAUCAGGCUGGUUUGGCGGUUGGUUUGGAGGUGGUAAUAAAGAUGAUGACGAUAAGGAGCCUAAGAACUUCGUUAAAUCAUUAGAAGAUGCCAUGAGUAGUGAAGAAAAAAACCAAUUAUAUGAAACAAUUGGUUAUACUGAUAAUUUUGUACCAUUGGAAAUUCCAAAAUAUUAUGAGGCAGUAAAAUUAAAUUUCCGAUUAACAGCAUUUGAAUUAGGUCUUUAUAAAGAACUAAAUAGUAGUAAAGAAGAUUUAAGUGGUAGUAUACUUGAAACAUUAAUGUUACUCCAUGUAUCAAUGGCAACUUGCAAUGUAAGACAACGUCCAGCAUCAGGAGGUUUGAGCGUAACAGCGGGCGUUAAGGAGUUAAAUAUAAUUGGUUUAAAAAGGGAUGAUUUUAUUCCAACUUUAAUUACCUCAAAGGUAACAGAAGAACUUAAUUUAUUAGAUGUGCUGUUUGAAAUUGCUCCAAUAGAUGAGUUAUGUGAUCAACGUGUAAAUGUUUUGGCACGACCAUUACAAAUUGUUUAUGAUGCUGAAACAAUUUUAAAGCUUUUAAAGGAAUUUAAACCACCAAAAUCAGUGAAUCUAUCAGAAUUAGAAGGUGCUGCUAGUGUUAGAAUGGCCGAUUUUAAAGAACGCUCAGCCACUGGAAUGCAGUAUAUGCUUGAUCAGCAUAAAAUUAUGGAGUUAGAUAUAAAGUUUCUGCCAAAUAUCAUCAUAAUUCCAGAAACCGGUACUUAUAUUCCAAAUAGUAAAUCUCUUAUUGUCAUUAGCAUGGGUGACGUACAUAUAACAUCACAACCGCGAAGAUCUUCCAAGUAUGAUGUACACGCCUUGUCUCAAUCUGGCGCAGACCAAGACAAAAUUAUGGAAGUUGUCCUAGCGCACUCAUACGAUAAUUAUAAGGUUUUACUUCAAAGCAUGCAGAUUUUAGUUGUAAAAGAAGAGGAAGACUGGGAAAGUGUUCUUGAAAUGGCUGCGAGCUCAGAUAUGCAUGUACUGUUACCUACGUCAAUUGUUGUUAAAGCUAGUGUGUGUUUAUUUCAUGAUGAUCCACGUUUACCGAAAACCAAAGUUGAAAUUUUGUUGCCCGGUAUAAAUAUUGAUGUAAGUGAAGAUCGGGUUUUUGAAGCAUUAGGUAUUUUUAAAAGUUUGCCAAUGCCGGAUGAAGACAUUGAAGCCAAGCCGUUACUUAAAGCAGUAAGCACUGCCUCUCUACAAUCUGUAUCGAGUUUCCUUAACGCAGAAUCCCGUAAAAAGAAGCCAAUAAGAGUUAAUGCGCCGCAAGUGAAGGAUGAUCUAGUACAAAGUACCGAUUUAGUUGUUAAUUUUGCAUUAAAGGAAUUUCGCGUUGUAUUGUAUAAGUCUAAUACAUCGUCUAUUGCUUCAAGAUCAGAAUCAACUCAUUUUGGAACUCCGCCUGAAGAACCUAGUACCGAUGACAUGGAGGUAUUCGCAGAUGCAUAUACUAUACAAUCCGUUUCACGAUUACAAAAAAUACUUGCACUUGAAAUCUUACAAUUAGAGUGCGAUAUGACCCAGCUUACUUACGAAAUGACUGUGAAUGCAAAACUUGGGGCUAUAAAAUUAACACAAUUUAGCAAUGAAAAUUAUAAAUUAAUAGAAUAUCCUGUAAUUGAUACACCUCAAUUCAGCGAAGAACUCACAUAUUUGCUAACGGUGUCAUUUACCUCAGUUAAUAAAAAGUCACCGGAAUUCAGUACUAAGCAUAAUUCCACUGAAGCUAAGGUCACAGUUAACUUUUCAACUCUAAAAGUUUUACUUCAUUUAGAAUGUUUACUUAAAUUAAUGGAAAUAAAUAACUCGCUACAAAAAAGAUUAGAAGCAUACGAUGAUGGAAAACCGAAAGAUCGUAUUGCAACAGCUGGAGAACCAGCUCCUAUUCCUAAUAAACUUGAUACUAUUGCUGAGGACUCGGAAGAAGUAGGAACUAAAAUAGUUACUGAACGUACAAAAAAAAGUCGAUCAAGAAAAGUUGUGGAUAGUAUUAAAAUGCAUAUUGUAGCCAAUUUACAUCAAGUAGUCGUAAUGUUAAGCUCUCGUACACGUGGUUUAGCAACAUUAAAAGUUGAAAACUUUACCGCUGGUGUUGUGAUGAAAUCUUCGUAUACCGAGGUAAAAGUGGGACUAAAAGAUAUACAUGUUGAAGAUCUAAAUCCGCAUACUAUUCAUACCAGCAUACUUUCAAUUGUUGGGAAAAAUGCGCUAAAAUGUCAACUAGUUUUGUUUAACUUGGACGAAACAAGCGCUUACAAUUCUGAUGACAUGAAAGUAAAUGUGGAAAUUGGUGGGAUGCGUAUUGUCUUUUUAAAUUGGUUCGUGACAUCUGUUUUGAAUUUCAUACAUAAUUUUCAAGCUGCCGAGCAGGCUAUAGCCAACGUUAGUGCGGCUGCAGCUGAGCAGGCAAAAAACAAUGCUCUAGAUGCUUAUGAGAAGGCCACUCGUAUAAAACUAAAUAUUAAAAUAAAAGCACCCAUUAUUGUAGUCCCUGUAAAUUCGAAAAGUACAGAUGCAAUUGUAUUGGAUUUGGGUUAUUUAUUGCUUUCGAAUACAACAAGCGAACUUGAAGUAAAUAAUGACGAACGUAGUCCAGCAGUUUUGGAUGAUAUUAAACUUGAAAUGCGAAGUAUGAAGGUUUACAAAGCAUCAGUAGUUGAUGAAUACGGUAAAGCAUCCAUAAUUAGCAUAUUUCCUACACAUGAUGAUGUUGAUGCGACUUAUGGUGUAAAGACUGGUAUAAAUAUUUUGGACCCAGUAAGCUUUACACUUGAUGUUAAACGGAAUUUAUCAUUUAGUUGGUAUAAAGAACUACCAGAAAUAAAUUUAGCUGGCAGAUUAAAAUCUAUUACAUUAAAUCUAUUUAAAGAUGACUAUACCCUAGUUAUGUCUAUAUUAAAUCAAAAUAUGACGGAGGGGCAGAACGAAAUAGUUGAUAAUGAUGAUGAUAUCGAACCAUCAGUAACUACUGUAGAGGUUCAUAAACCAAAUGAGUCACCUAGUCAUAAAUCCACCGCCCCAACCGAUAAUGCUAAACGUGUGCUCGACAUACCAAAAAUAUAUGCGCAGUUGAUGUUCAAUUUCCAGUUCGAUGGCGUGCAAGCAGCAUUACAUUUUGACAAUGGUGACAGUUUAGCCGAAUUUGGAAUUUAUUUUUUGUCAGUAAAAGGCAAAAAAUUAAUAGACGGCACAUUGAGUACAUCAAUAGUAUUGUGCAACAUUCAACUUGAUGAUAAACGUAAAAAUACAAAAAGUAAAAUCACAAGAUAUCUGGGCCGUAAAAAUUGGAAACACGAAGACCCUCAUGUCUUUCCAAGUGAGUGUGAUGAAAACAACCGUUCUUACAUGGUUGAUGUUACCGCUAUAAUAAGAGAAGCUGAUUCCGUUGCUGAAGUACGAGUUUCCUCUUUUGAUUUAAUCUUAUGCAUUGAUUUUCUAUUAAAAUUAUCACAUUUCUUUGAAUUGCCCGAAGAAAGUAAAAAUGUUCAACCAAUCGCUGAAGUUAAGCCGGGAGUUGUGGCAAAGCAAACUGCUGUGCCUGUAAAAGAAAACGACAUUUAUAAAGAGAACAAAGUUAGUUUAAUGAUUCAUAUUGAUCAACCUGACAUUAUACUAAUUGAAAGCUUGGAGAAUAUAAAUACCAGUGCCAUUAUAUUUAAUAUGGAAGCUAAUUUAAAUUACCGCGCAAUUGGUGAAAAACAAAUUAUUAAUGGGGAAAUACAGUCAUUAAAAAUGUACCUGUGCUCCUUCAAACCCGAAAGACGUGAAGCAACUAAACAUUAUAUUAUACAUCCAUGUGUGAUAACUUUACAAGGCUCUACACCUGAACAUGAAGGGCUGCACAUAAGUUUAAAAUUAAGUGAAAUAAUUAUUAAUAUUUCACCUGCAACAAUUGAACUUAUAAAUAAAGCUUUAAAAACUCUGCAAACUGAUAAUGCUGAAAAGAAUGCUUUGAAAAUCGAAAAACCUGACUACACCGAUAUUUGGGAACAGAAACCAUUUAAGAAGAAAAACUAUUGGUUCUUUAAACCUGACACCGCUGUGGAGGCAUUAGAAAUAACGGAAAAUGAAAUACGUAUCCCAAAAACUGAGAAAUGUGUUGUUGAGGUGCCUUGUAUUACCAUUGUUUUAGAAAUGGGUAUUGGAUAUUAUACUACACCACUUAUAUCGCUUGAUAUGCGGCUACAAGCAGUCGUUAGUGAUUGGAGUUCAGCUUUAAGAGUUAAUGGGUCACUUUGUUUAAAUAUGGAUUAUUAUAAUCAAUCGUUUGGUGCUUGGGAGCCGAUUAUUGAAUUAAAUGAACAUAUUAAACCUGAUGGAGAACUUGAAUACUUGCCUUGGGAUUUGAGCUUUUCAAUGAAAAUUGAAAAUAAAUCUAAUGAAAGUGAAGAAUCAAUAGAAGAUGCUAAAAUAAUAACAGUUCAAUCUGAACAAAAUUUAGAAUUGACUGUAACUAAAACUUUACUAAAUCUAAUACCUAGCCUUAACGAAGCAUUUGCUCAGGCAAUGGAUGUGACUGGUUUAACUAAACCUGAUAUUAUUGCACCAUAUGUAGUUGAAAAUGAUACAGGCUUUAAUAUAACAAUUAAUUUUAGACGCGGAAUAUUCACACUACAUGAAUGUCACACUCCAAGAGCUACAAAACCGAACAUUUCUGCAGUGUUAUAUCAGACCGAGAGCAUAGAUAAUAAUUUUUCGCUCAAUGAAAUAAAAGAUUGUACCAUAUCUCCCAAUGGACGUGUGUAUUUACAAACUAAAGACCUGUCUACACUUACUACAGAGGAAGAUGAAGAAUAUAAUUUAUAUGUUAAGAUUGGUGGCAUUGAAAAGGAAAUUUUGCUUCCAGUUAUAAAAUCCGAUACGCGUUACUUUGCUUUGUAUAAAGACGUACAUCAAGAUCCAUGGGGCUUAAUUUCUGAAGUAAAAUCGGAGUAUGGCACAACAAAAAUUAAUAUACACGGCGUUGUCAGCGUUUUUAAUCACUUCUCGAUUCCGUUGCAAGUUCAUCGUACUAAACCUAAUUCGGUUGACAAAAGUUUCAUAGGAGAAAUACAGCCCCAUGAUGUUUUUCAUAUACCAUUACAUGGAAUUUAUUCUGAAACAAAGGAAUUAUUUUUCUGUUUACAGGGUUAUAAAUGCUCCGUUCAGGGCAUCAAAUGGAAUGAUUGUCCAACAGAUUUGAAUUACUCUCGUCAGAUACAAUGUGAUCCUCUUAAUACUUUCGAACCAUUUUAUAUGAAUGCGGUUCGAGAGAAAACUGAAGUGUUCUAUGAAAACACAAAUAAAUAUAAAUUAUUAAGUGCUUAUUAUACAAUACACUUACGCCCACCGUUGUAUAUGCAUAAUUCUUUACCUAUUAAUAUAAAAGUAUCAGUUUUGGGUUGUAAUGUUGCCAAUUCAUCUAGAUCUAGCCAGGCUUCACCCAUUAUUGAGAAUUAUAAAGAAAAAAGCAUUAUGAAACAAGAUUUGCUAGACUAUGGUGAGAAAGAAGUUAAACCAGGCGAUGUUUUGCAUUUACCUACACUUAAGUUUUCUGGUAAAAAACGAGAUAAUUCCAGUUUUUUGAUUGUAAAAUUAAUGGAUUAUUUGGAAAAAGACUGGUCUUGUACAACAUCCAUUUCAGAUCAGAAUAUAAAGGAUAUAGCUAUAUGGAAAUUUACCGCUUUCGAUUCCCCAAGUAAAAUGGAAAUUGACUUGUGUGUUCGUUAUGAAACUUUACACGAUAGUUUGGUUGCUACCAUAUUUAGCCCAUUUUGGUUAGUAAAUAAAAGUGGCCUAAUGCUUAGUUAUAACUUGAAUACAGAAACUGUGGAUGUCCUAUUCCAUCCUCCAGAGUAUAAAGGACCAAUACUUUUUUCGCCUGCCAAAUCCCUAUUUGAUAAGAAGGCUAUCUCAGUGCGAGUUGAUAGUGGAGAUUGGAGUGAUAAAAUACCAUUAGAUAUAGCAGGUUCAAAUGGUACUGUAACUUGUACUUGUCCAGAUGAAAAAUAUCAGAUUGGCGUGCAUAAUAGCUUAACAACAAAUUCUCUUACUAAACAAAUCACAUUUAUACCAUUCUAUAAUGCGGUUAAUAAUUGCGAUUUUGAAAUUGAACUACAAGAACUCAAUCGUCCUGCAGAUAAUUGGAAUAAGGUUGCACCCGGUUCAUGUUCUGCAAUUUGGCCAAAAUCUGGUUCUGACUUUUUGAUGGUAGCUAAGGUCAAUGGAAUAACAACUGUACCUUUUAAUUAUGCUGAAGCACAAUGUUGUCUGCUGCAGUUAUACAAAGAUAAGGUCGGUGGAAUAAAUGUUGAUGUUCAAGCAACUGAGGGAGGUGUUUAUAUAAUAUUUACCCAAUAUAAUCCGGGAGAUGCACCAGCACUUUUCAUUAACCACACAAAUGAUAAUGUUGCCUUUUACGAAAAAACUCUUCAAAAUAAAAUAAUAACCGUAUCUCCACUAAGUUUACUUCUAUUUACUUGGGCUAAUCCAGCCGGUGAGAAAAAUAUAGUAAUGGGAAAAAAUGAGGUUGUAUCAGAUUUGAGACGUGACGACUGUGGAGAAAUAAAGUUACAUAAUAAUACAACUACAUAUUGGGUUUCAUUUUUGGAUGGUCUACAACGUGUUAUACUUUUCACAAAAAAUAAAUCUAUUGUUUCUCGAUCUGAAACAAGUGCACAACUACAAACUAUUACACAGUCCAUUAUGUUGCGUCUGCAAGGUAUCGGCUUAUCUGUUAUAAAUAAUGAAAAAGGUGUAGAUAUUAUGUACAUGGGCAUAAAAAGUUCAGGUAUUAUAUGGGAGUCUAAAAAAGAUAAAAAACGUUUUAAACAGAUGAACAUAGAUGAAACUGCUCAAGUUGAAGGCCAAUAUCAGAAGUAUUUGCUGGAAAAAAGUGUUAACCAAGAAUCUCAAUACUUUUUGGAUAUCAAGCAAGAGAUUGAUUUUGAGAAUAUGGUAUUAAAAACAACGCCUCCAAGAAUAAUACAACGUACUUUUUAUCCCGGCAUAUGGGUGAACAUGAAUACAUCACCAUUCCAAACACAAUUACAUGUUAAAUUAAAUAAAAUACAAAUGGAUAAUCAGUUACGAGAUUGUAUUUUCCCCGUUGUAUUAACAGCUGUGCCACCACCAAAGAGUGUUGCCAAAACUAUUACACUGAAGCCUUUUAUUGAAUGCAGCAUUGUUGAAAGAAUUAUACCAAAUUCAACAGUGAAGCAAUAUAAAUACGCGAUUAUACUUAUUCAAGAAUUUCAUUUAAAAGUGGACUUAGUAUUCCUUGCUGCAAUUGCUGAGUUAUUUACUACAGAUCUUAAUGAUGAGCAAAGGGCAAAACUGUUUAAUGCUGAUGUGGACGCAAUAUCAAAACCACUAUGGGAACUAGUUCAAACACGCUCCUUAGAACAACAAAAACAUUUCUAUGAUAAUUUGCAUUUGGGUCCAUUAAAAAUACAUUUAAGUUUUUCAAUGGCUGGUUCAGAUACUAUACCAUUACCUGGAGUAUUGGCAACAUUGGUACAGGGUAUUGGUGUGACUUUGACGGACGUAAAUGAUGUCGUCUUCCGUCUAGCAUUCUUCGAACGCGAAUUCCAAUUCUUUACACAACAACAGUUAACUUCUGAGAUUACAACGCACUACGCUGGUCAAGGUCUAAAGCAACUUUAUGUGCUCGUUUUAGGACUGGAUGUGCUGGGUAAUCCAUAUGGUCUGGUUGUCGGUUUGAAAAAAGGAGUUGGUGAUUUGUUCUAUGAACCAUUUCAGGGUGCUAUUCAAGGUCCAGGCGAAUUUGCUGAGGGUCUGGUUUUAGGUGUGAAAUCUUUGUUUGGACAUACCGUAGGAGGUGCAGCUGGAGCAGUUUCGAAAAUAACUGGCGCUUUGGGCAAAGGAAUAGCAAGUCUUACUUUCGAUGAAGAUUAUCAGAAAAAGCGACAACGUAAUAUUAACAAAAAACCUGAAAACUUCCAGCAAGGCAUUGCGCGAAGUGGCAAAGGCCUUGUUAUGGGAUUUGUUGAUGGUGUUACUGGUGUAGUUACCAAACCUGUUGCUGGCGCCAAAGAAGAAGGAGUUGAAGGAUUCUUUAAAGGUCUGGGAAAAGGUGCUAUAGGCUUAGUCACUCGACCUACAGCAGGUGUUGUAGAUUUCGCUAGUGAUAGCUUUGGCGCAGUAAAACGUGCCGCUGAAUCAAAAGAGGAUGACAAACGUUUACGUGCACCACGCUUCAUUCGUCUUGAUGCGGUUUUGCGACCCUAUUGUCGUGCGGAAGCAAAAGGCAACCAAAUAUUCAGGGAAAUCGAGAAAGGUAAAUAUGCGACGACGGAUACCUAUGUACAUCGUGAAGUUAUCAUAAGGAAAAAAGAGAAUUUGAUAAUUUCCAAUCAUCGAGUUAUUUACAUUACCAAAAAUGACUUGUUUGGGCACUGGGUGGUUAACUGGCAGCAUUUAUGGCCCGAAAUUGAAAAAAUCACAGCCUCAGAUCGAGGGGUAGAAUUAGUAAUGAAGAGAGAUAACAAAAAAGUAAUGGGCAUCUUUGGGAGGAGUGAUAAACAAAACAGACUUCUUAUAAAGAUCCCACCAAAUCGACGAGAGAAAUUGGUUGAAAUUAUGGAAUCUCAGCGCUUAGAAGAUAUUUAGUUCUUUGAAAUGUUAUCGACAUCCAGAGGAAUAAGCGCACAUUAUGCAAACAGGAUCAUCGUUUUUACGAACUGAAUUUGUAUCAAAUGCAUCGAUAUUGUUUAUCAUAAUCACUAGUUUAACAUUUUAGGUUAGAAACAAAUUAAAUAAAGUAAUUAAUGAAAUGGAAUCAGUAACAGAAACGAAAUGCAAAUAAUUCUGUAUUGUUUAUUUUAUAUAAUAUUUUAAUAAUA